ACACUCAAAAGUCAAAACCCAGUCCAAGCCCCCAAAACGCAAACUCCUCCGCGCCAUUUCAUGCCCAUGGCCGACAACAAGAAACGGCGGCGAAAGGAGCCCACCGGCGACGAGCUCCCCUUCAAGAACAGCCUGAAGUCGGACUCCGACAUCCUGAAAACCCUAAAGGACUUCUCCACGGCCUCCGCCUCCUCCUCCUCCGCCGCCCAAACCCUAACCCUCCAGGACCUCCCUCUCCCCUUCCGCUGUCGCGAGGUGGCCGACCUCUCCCUCUCCUCCGUCCAGUCCAACAUCGAGUCCCUCAUCCUCCGGAUCGCCCACUCCAUCCUCUCCGGCCACGGCUUCUCCUUCGACGUCCCCUCCCGCUCCGCCGCCAACCAGCUCUACGUUCCCGAACUCGAUCGCAUUGUGCUCAAAGACAAGUCUUCUCUUCGCCCCUUCGCCAACAUCUCCACCGUGCGCAAGUCCGCCAUCACUUCUCGGAUUCUACAACUCAUACACCAGCUCUGCAUCAAGGGCAUCCACGUCACCAAGCGUGACCUCUUCUACACUGACGUCAAACUCUUCCAAGACCAGAUCCAAUCUGAUGCUGUUCUGGAUGAUGUUUCCUGCAUGCUGGGGUGCACUCGAUCCAGCCUCAAUGUUGUGGCUGCAGAAAAAGGGGUGGUAGUUGGGAGGUUGAUUUUCAGUGACAAUGGGGAUAUGAUUGAUUGCACCAAAAUGGGGAUGGGAGGGAAGGCAAUUCCACCGAAUAUUGAUCGAGUUGGGGAUAUGCAGAGCGAUGCUUUGUUCAUUCUGUUGGUGGAGAAGGAUGCUGCUUACAUGAGAUUGGCUGAGGAUAGGUUCUACAACCGCUUUCCAUGCAUAAUUGUGACUGCAAAGGGGCAGCCGGAUGUUUCCACUAGGCUGUUCUUGAGGAAGAUGAAGACAGAGUUGAAGCUGCCUGUGCUGGCUCUUGUUGACAGUGAUCCUUAUGGGUUGAAGAUUCUGUCGGUUUAUGGGUGUGGAUCAAAGAACAUGUCCUAUGACAGUGCCAACUUGACUACCCCUGAUAUCAAGUGGCUUGGGGUUAGGCCUAGUGAUUUGGACAAGUACAAGAUACCUGAGCAGUGUAGGUUGCCAAUGACUGAGCAGGAUAUUAAGACUGGCAAGGACUUGUUGGAGGAGGAUUUUGUCAAGAAGAACCCUGGUUGGGUGGAGGAGUUGUCCUUGAUGGUCAAAACUAAGCAGAAGGCUGAAAUACAGGCUUUGAGCACCUUUGGUUUUCAGUACCUGUCAGAAGUUUAUUUGCCCUUGAAGUUGCAGCAGAAGGAUUGGCUGUGACCUGUGAGUAAUGUAGUAAUAUCUAAGAAUUAAAAUGGUGGUUAUGUUAUGCCAAUACUUGUUCCAACAGCUUAGUCAUGCGGUAGCAUCUCUGCGGAAUUUAUACCGGAAUGUGGAUGUUUUUAAGUAUGCUUCAUUGAAAAAUUGUUCAAAAAUCAUGUUGAUGGUCUAUGUUUUUUCAGACUGAGUUUAUGGUUUUCUUACUGUUUUCUUCUUCUUGCAUCAGAUAAUAGGGGACCAAAUUUAUUAAAUUAUAAAACCCUAGCGCUUUUGAAUCA